GCCGCAUAAACCCUUCUUCUCCCUCCCCACCCCCCGCCGCCACCGCCGCCCAGCGCGGGUCAUGGCGCCCGCCCCCGCGCCGAUUCGCGACCUCCUCACCUGCUUCAGCCACUCCUCCGACUUCCUCGCCCUCUCGUCCGGCGACGGCCGCAUCAAGGUAUGGGACGCCGUGCGCGGCCACUUGCAGACCGAGUUCGCCGACCUCCCCGCGGUGGAGGUCGGGGCGCUCCCCGAGACGAAGCGCGGCCACCUCGCCCUCGACUACACCUGCAUGAAGUGGGUGCAGCUCUCCUUCAAGAGGAAGCGGAAGGCUGGGAGCUUGCUGCUCGUGCUUGGGACGGGCAGUGGGGAUGUCCUUGCGCUCGACGUUGCUGCGGGCCAGUGGAAGUGGAGGAUCAGCGAUUGUCAUCCUGGGGGUGUGACAGCUGUAGCAUACUCGAGGCAUGGGCGUAGUGUGUACACAGCAGGCGCCGAUGGCAUGGUCUGUAAGAUUGAUGCCUCAGAUGGAUCUGUUGCAGGGAAAUUUAGAUCUUCCUCCAAGGCAGUAUCCGCCAUGGCGGUAUCAUCAGAUGGAACAAUUUUAGCAACAGCAGCUGGUCAGUUGAGGACCUUUGAUGCUUCUGACAACAAAAAGAUUCAAAAGUUCUCUGGGCAUCCGGUGGCUGUGAGAAACGUGAUUUUUAGUAACACUGGCAAAUAUGUUCUGUCAUCUGGAGUUGGGGAACGCUAUGUUGCCAUUUGGAAGUUGGGCAGUGGUAAAACUCAGAGUUCAAGCUGUAUACUCUCUAUGGAACACCCAGCAAUCUUUGUGGACUGCAGGUGUUUAGAUACUAAUGGUACUGAAGCAGUAAUAGGUGUGUUGGCUAUCUCUGAGGUUGGUAUCUGCUAUUUCUGGUCUGGGAAUAGCAUGGAUGACCUACGCAAUAAGAAGCCUACUAAGAUUGCCUUGUCCGAGCCCUCUCUUUCAAGAACUAAUCAGGAUUUUGCGAUAUUUGCCGCAAAAUUUCAAGGAAUAAAUGGACCUACUACAGCCCAUGUCCUUCUGGCAUAUGGAUCCGUGGUGAAACCAUCUUUCGAUAAGCUAAAGGUUCGUUAUGGUAAUGAUAUUAAUUUGGGUGUAUCUGAAGAUGGAGUUCUCUUACCUACAGUUCAACCCACCAUGCCCCAGAUAGGUCAAUCUGCUAAAACAAAAGUAACUAUCACUGCCCUAGACCGGGCGAAUGCAGAAGAUGCCAUCCUUCCUCUUCCGAAGCUUCAUACACAGGAAAAGAAAAGAAAACAUAGCGUAACAAAACCGAGUGGUGUCAAGCUUGCGAUUGAUAGUGACACUGGUACCACUUCAAGAUCAACCGAGAAAAGAGUUCCUGUUCAAAGAAUUGAAGAUGACAGUAUAUGCAUCGAAGACAUGAUGAGGAAAUAUGGCAUCAUUGAUAAGAAUCUCACGGGCCAUCCUGACAUGGCCACUAAAAUCUUAUCAGAUCUGUUCAGUAGCAGUGGCAUAACAAUUGACGCUAAUUUACCCAGCAAGAAGAUUCGAGCACAUCUAAGAUCUCUGAAGCCUGGAGAUGCUUGCAAACUUCUAGAGAAUUUAGUAUCUGCAUGGAGAUCAAGGUCUGGUAGUGCUGAGUUUGUUUUGCGUUGGAUAUACUGUUUAUUGGUAACUCAUGGUCGUUUUAUCCCCUCGGAGAAAUCAAGAAAACUAAUUAGCGACCUGGAGAAGAUGUGUGCAGAAAGAUACGCAGCAACUGAAGAUUUACUGAAGCUUUCUGGCCGCCUUCGGCUGAUAAUGGCUCAGGUUGACAAGGAUUCAAUAGAUGUAUCCGCGAAGGUGGCAGUCCAAUCUGAUGAAGAGGAAGAAGACGAAAUUGAUGAAAUUGUGUAUGGUGAAGACGUGGAUUUGUCUGAGAAAAAUAGUGACGAUGAUGCUGAGUAGAAUCGCAGCAUUGUUGCCAUGUCUCCGAGAGACUUCGUGACUUUGUGUACGGUGAAGAUGUAUUUUUCAAGCUUAGAGCCAGUAGUUGAGUUUUUAAAACCGCGCAACCAUGGAAGGUUGCACAUAAUUUUGACAACUGAGGUAAUAUCUGAAAGGAAUUUUUGUAAGCAACUUA